AUGGGAGUCCACGGUCUAUGGGAAUUACUCGCCCCCGUCGGUCGCCGCGUCUCCGUCGAGACUCUCGCCGGAAAAACACUCGCCAUCGGUAUUCCUUCAACCAUUUCACCUUUUUUCCCCAUUAAUCGCAUUAACUUCUUCUUUUCAGACGCGAGCAUAUGGAUGGUGCAGUUUCUGAAGGCGAUGCGUGACGAGAAGGGUGAAAUGGUUCGCAACGCUCAUCUGCUCGGGUUCUUCCGUCGGAUUUGCAAGCUCUUGUUCCUCCGGACCAAGCCAGUCUUCGUCUUCGACGGCGGAACCCCAGCCCUCAAGCGCCGCACCGUGAUCGCACGCCGCAGGCAGCGCGAGAACGCACAAGCCAAAGUACGCAAGACUGCAGAGAAAUUGCUACUCAAUCAUUUAAAGGUAUUGAAGUUGAAGGAAGUGGCUAGUGAUAUUAAGAAUCAGAGGCUGAAGCAGAAGAAUGAUACUGAGGGUCAGAAAAAAUCUGAUCAGAAGGACUUUGUUGGUAGUGAUAUAGGAAGAAGUAAUGUGAAAGAGCUAGAUGAAAUGCCUGCAGCUAAGGAGAACCCAAGUUUAUCGCAGGCAACAAUAUUGACAAGUUGCAACCAGGAGGAGCUUGAUGAAAUGCUGGCAGCAUCUAUAGCUGCAGAGGAAAAAGGAAGACUGGCCAGAAAAGGAGUGGAGUCUACUCUUAUUAGGCCUAUAGAGGAGGAAUGUGGUGCGGAUGAAGAAAUGAUACUGUCAUCAGUCAACACGGAAGUUGAUAUAGCUGUGUUAGCUGCUUUGCCACAGUCAAUGCAACUUGAUAUUCUUGCGCAGCUUAAAGGAAAGAAAGCAGAAGAACUAAUGAAAGAAGUUGACAACCAGAAACAGCAUGAGGUCAAUGAUCUGGGCAAGGGUAAGGGGAUUCUGUUCUCUGAAACUGAUGUGAUAGGGUGUAGCUCAAGUUGUGACAAUCAAGAUAAAAUUGAUGAAAUGUUAGCUGCGUCUAUUGCUGUGGAGGAAAAUGUGAUGUUAGUAAAUAAUGCAUCAACUUCUCUUGGGGCUUCAACCAUCGAGGAAGAGGAUGGUGACUAUGACGAAGAUGAAGAGAUGAUACUGCCAGCAAUGCACGGUGAAGUUGAUCCAGCUGUUCUAGCCUCUUUGCCUCCAUCAAUGCAACUGGAUCUCCUUGUUCAGAUGAGAGAGCGAUUGAUUGCAGAGAACAGACAUAAGUAUCAGAAAGUCAAGAAGGAUCCUGCAAAAUUCUCUGAGCUACAAAUACAAGCUUACCUUAAAACUGUUGCUUUCCGACGGGAGAUAGAUCAAGUGCAGAAAGCUGCUGCUGGCAGAGGAGUUGGUGGUGUACAGACUUCGCGGAUUGCAUCUGAAGCCAACAGAGAGUAUAUAUUCUCGUCAUCUUUUACUGGUGACAAACAAGAACUUACCUCUACCAGAUUAGAGAAAACUGAAAAUACACAACAAAAAGAACGAGGAACACAUCCUUCACGGAAUUUUGCAAAUAGCAUUACAGCAGGCAAUGAUUCUAAUACUUCAAGUGGAUUGAAUUGCAAUCAACCUAGUGAGCCUGUUGAUGAAAGUAUUCAGACAUAUCUAGAUGAGAGCGGUCGACUUCGAGUUAGUAGAAUGAGAGCUAUGGGAAUGCGUAUGACCCGUGAUAUACAAAGGAAUUUGGACUUGAUGAAGGAAAUUGAGCAGGAAAGAUCAUAUGCGAACAAGGCUGCUAAUAUUGGAACCGUGCUAAAUGCAAAGAAUAAUGGUUCAUCAGAAAGUUAUGGGAACCAGCUUGUUGGUAAAUCACGAGAGGUGAAUGUUGACUUGGUUAAAGAGCGUGCGCAAAAUGAGCAAUCAAUGCUUGACAGGGAUACUUCUAUACCGAUAUCCUUUGAAUUUGAUUGCAAGAAUAAGUUUGUAAAUGGUGAGGAUGAUAUAUUUUCCAGUUUAGUGGGAGGAAAUUCAGUGGCAAUCUAUCUUGGUGAUGAUAGUGCAGCAAAAGAACAGCCUUCUGAUUCUGAUUCAGAUUGUGAUUGGGAAGAAGGAACUGUUGAAGGUAAGAAUAUAAUUUUUCCUGGACAUUUUAAGGUGGAAUUGCAGUCUUCUGUUGCAGAUGAGGAUAAUAAUAAUAAUGAAAGUGAAGUAGAAUGGGAGGAAGGAGAUUGUGAUGGCACUAAAAGCACCUUAUUGUGUCAAGGUGAUUCAGGAAAAUCAGCAUCUCGAGGGUGCUUGGAGGAGGAGUCUGAUUUUCAGGAGGCAAUAAGGAGAAGUCUUGAGAGUACAGGGAAUGGGAAAAUUAAAUGCAUGUCAUCUAUAGAAUCUAUAGAUGAGCGUUCAAAUGCAUAUGAGAACAAAUUGGAUCAUGGAUUAGAACAUGCUGAUAAUCUGUGUUGUUCUGGCCCAAUGGAUUUAAAUGAUAAUGUUGAACUCCUGAAAAAUAAAAAUAUUCUGGGUGGUUCCACUUCGAAUAGGGAAGAUGAUACUGAACAAAAUGAGUUACAUGAAAUUGUUGAUGGGGAUAAAAAACAUGAUUAUGUGGCUGGGAAUAACUCACAAACAUUCCAUUUUCAUGGAAGUCAGUCAAAUUCAUCUGCGACGUUUAGUUCCAAUAACACGGAGAUAUUGACUGACAAACCUUGCAGACUGGAUAAACACUCUCAUUCUGAAGAUUCAACUUCAGAUGCAAAUGUAACAAUGAAGGAUGAGGUCCCUAUGGUUUCAGAGCAGUUAUUGGAUAAUGGUAAUGAUGAUGGUAAAGUGUCUUUCUAUUGUAAGAAUUCGCCCAAAGUUGAUCUACUUGGUGUGACUGAAGAGAAAAAGAACUAUAUUAAUGGAUCUGAACCCAUUAGUAGUUUUACGGACAAUACCAAGCCUGCUAUUCUUUCGAUGGGGUCAUCCUUGAAAGGAUCAACAGAAGACCUUGAUAUCGAGCCAAAAUUCCCUGGAGUGGACAAUGGUGGAAAUUUAAGUGAGGAAAGGAAUAGUAACCUUGCCGAAGAUGCAGUGAACAUCAUAGAAGAUUUUCCUGCACGUGUAGAUGAGGUUAGAUUGGAGGAAGAAAUGCAAAUUCUUGGUCAAGAAUAUAUCAAUCUAGAAAAUGAACAGAGGAAGCUUGAACGUAAUGCAGAAUCUGUAAACAGUGAGUUAUUCACAGAAUGUCAGGAACUGCUGCAAAUGUUUGGCUUGCCAUACAUUAUUGCUCCAAUGGAAGCUGAAGCGCAGUGUGCUUACUUGGAGCUCGCGAAACUCGUUGAUGGUGUUGUGACUGAUGACUCUGAUGUCCUUUUAUUUGGGGCACGUAGCGUAUACAAGAAUAUAUUUGAUGACCGCAAAUAUGUGGAGACAUACUUCAUGGAGGACAUUGAGAAGGAGCUUGGAUUGAGCAGAGAGAAAUUAAUACGCAUGGCGCUACUUCUUGGGAGUGAUUAUACUGAAGGUGUAAGUGGGAUUGGCAUUGUUAAUGCUAUUGAGGUUGUAAAUGCAUUCCCUGAGGAAGAUGGCCUUCUAAAGUUCCGGCAGUGGGUUGAGUCACCAGAUCCUACCAUCCUUGGAAGGUUGGAUGCAAAAAGUGGAUCCAAUACCAGAAAGAAAAAUAGUGAGUCUGCAUCAGAUCAGAACAUCUCCCAUGCUCAGGAGCAAAACAAGUCGCCGGAUUACAUCCAAGAUAUAAAGCAAACUUUCUUGGAUAAGCAUAGAAAUGUUAGCAAGAAUUGGCAUAUUCCAUCUUCUUUUCCAAGUGAAACAGUUAUAUCUGCUUACUAUUCUCCACAUGUUGACAAGUCAACUGAGCCUUUCACUUGGGGAAAACCAGAUCAUCUUGUUCUUCGCAAAUUGUGCUGGGAGAAAUUUAUGUGGACUAGCCAGAAAGCAGAUGAAUUGCUAUUACCUGUUUUAAAGGAAUAUAACAAACAUGAGACUCAACUGCGGUUGGAAGCAUUUUAUAGUUUCAAUGAAAGAUUUGCAAAAAUUCGCAGCAAGAGAAUUAAAAAAGCUGUAAAAGGAAUUACUGGUAAGCAGCCAUCGGAUUUGAUAGAUCAUUCUGCUGAGGACUUGUCCAAGGAUAGGAAGAAUGGGAAGGGAGGUCCUGUUGAACCUGGGGAUAACAAAUUGGAGCCUUCAAAGGGUACAGAGGAAAGUCUUGAAGCUAGGAAGAAAUCAAAAAUGAAACAGUCAAGGAAAAGGAAGAAUGAUGGGGGUACUGUUGCUAAGGCACAAUCAAAGAAAAAGAAAAUCACUGAUGAUCCUUCUGUGGUGGAGAAUUUACAGCCGUGUAUGCAGACAGAAGAAGAGCAAUGUGAUGGUAAGGCAUUGAUUUGGAAUAGGAGCAGAGGUAGAGGAAGAGGAAGAGCUAGAGGUAUGGGAGUAAUAAGAGGAAGGGAGAAGGAAAGUCUUAGUAUUCAAUCACGUGAAACCUCAUCAAGUAGUAGUGAUACUGAUGAUCAUGGACUAAGAGUGCAUAUUGAUAUGCCAGAAGUUCCAAAAGAUUUGCGAAGGUCAAUGCGAUCUCGGAAAGCUGUCAACUAUUCUUUCAAGGAUGUUGAAGUUGAAGAAGCUGAUGCUGAUGAUUCAUUUGAUGAGAGCAAUCAGACAUGCUUGCGUAAAGAGCCAAAAGAAGAAAAAUUAUCUUACAUUCAUGGAGCAUGUAGAGAUGGUGCAACUGAUUUCAGCAGAGGGAAAGAAAGCAGUAUACCUCUAAAGGAGACUAGAGACUCUCUCGAGUCAGAAGGUUGGUUUUGCACGGAUGCUGGUGAAACUAGUCAUCCAGGGACUGGCAAUCGUGAUAAUUCCUUUGAUCGUGACUCUUCUGAUGGCUACCUUAAAAUGGGAGGUGGAUUUUGUUCUGAUGAUAGUGAGAUAGGUAAUAACCAUAAUGCAAUUGAUGAUGUCAACACUGCUGCUACAUUGGAUUGUACUGCAGACAUUCCUAGCUGUUCUGAAUUUUUGGACGAAACUGACCAUGAUAAAAGUAGUUCAGAUAUAUUAUUUUCUGGCGCUGAAAAAGCUGAAAAUGAGAUACAGGAUGAAGGGACGUCUUUUAAAUUCAAUAAAGAGACAAAUAAUGACCUCCUAAAUGCUGGUAAUCAUUCUGACAUGGGGGUUUUGACGCCAGAGAUUGCUCAUCACAAUAGUGGAACCUCCGCGGGAGCUUUUAGUGCUAUGCCCUUUUUGAGGAAAAAAAGGAAGAAGAACUGAUGUGUGACUUUGGUCGCGGUCAUAUAUUAUUUUCCAUUUGGACUACAAAUCACUUCCUUCAGGGACUCUGCCCAUGCUUCAGCAAUCUGGCUUAUACAAGCCACUGUCAAUUUUCAUAGCUGCUGCUGUGUGUCAUAUUCGUUGAUGAUGCUUUGCUUCUGGGGAGGUUGUAAACUUAUCUCGCCUCAUACCUACUUUCUAAGGAUUAGGUAUUCAAAAGA